AGUCAGACCGUUACAUAAAAAAUUCAGCAUUCAUCAAUUCUUACUGAAUCCUUCAAUGAACACAUGCUCCUUCUAGACCGCGUAAUAACGUUUUGUUGGUCCCCAUUAUCUAGCCGGGAAAAGAACGUCUGCCACGGACAAGGUUGACAAGAUGGGUAAAGAUCCAAGGAAGCCACGAGGAAAAAGGUCCUCAUAUUCCUACUUUGUGCAGACGUCCAGGGAGGACCAGAAGCAACACCCUGAUGCGUCCGUGAAUUGCUCUGGAUUCUCCACGAAAUGCUCUGAGCAAUGGAAGGCCAUAUCUGCGAAAGAUAAGAGGAAGUUUGAGGACAUGGCUGAACAGGAUAAGGUCCGCUAUGAGAGUGAAAUGAAAAAUUACAUCCCACCUAAGGGUGAGGAGAAGAGACGGUUUAAGGACCCCAAUGCCCCAAAAAAACCAGCAUCUGCAUUUUUCAUCUUCUGCCCCGACAUCCGCCCUAAGAUCAAGGGGGACAAUCCAGGUCUAACUCCUGGAGACAUCGCAAAGAAGCUUGGGGAGAUGUGGAAAAGCUCUGCUGCUGAUGUUAAACAGCCCUAUGAAAAGAAGGCUGCUAAACUGAAGGAGAAGUAUGACAAGGAUAUUGCUGCAUAUCGUACAAAAGGAAUAGCAGGUUUGUCCAAAAAGGAUGAUGACGAUGAUGAUGAUGAUGGCGAUGAGGAGGAUGACGACGACGAUGAUGAUGAUGGCGAUGAGGAGGAUGACGACGACGAUGAUGAUGAUGACAACUAAUACCUGUAGAUCCGCUACUGAUAUAGCCUGGAUUCCUGUUGAUGCCAUUUAACCCAAUUGUGCACACUUUCACCUCUCAAAGUACAACAGGAACAAGAUAUGUUAGGCUGUGUAUAUGAAAGGUUUUUAAGAUGUACAGUGUUAUUCUCCUUUUGUAAAGUUGACACUACGUGUCUUCAGUCUAGGGCUGAACGAUUAAUUGCAUUUGCGAUUUAAUCGCGAUAUGAUAGAACGCGAUUUUCUAACCACAACAUUCGCGAUUAAAAACGUGGUAAAAAAUAAAAUAAAAUCGCAAUUAGAUUACUUCAGUCCUAUUUUUAUUUCUUAGUGGUAGUUCUUGCCUAGAGCAGUUUUAGGGAGAGGAUUUAAACAAUGGAAGUAGCUAACUGUUUCCCCAAAGGUGCACAGCACAAUAUCUGGUGUAUGUAGGUUGGUAGUACAUUUAUCAUAGUUCUUUUUUUUAUUUUGUAUUAUGAUUUGCCAUCAUAGCGUAGAUGCGUCAGUUAUCGGACAGUUUGUUGAAAAAUCGAUAUGCUAAGUCUGUUUAUAGAUUCACGUUAUGUAUAAGGUUAGCCAAACUUACGGUUUUCGAGAGAGAUAUUUGUCCUUUUUAACUUGUACGACUCGUUUAACACCGCAAGAAAACGUAUUUCUAAACAUUUCUAUUAAUGUUUACGGUGACACGUUACAUG